AAAGCAUUGGAAGGGACAUGGCCCCCUCCACAAUUUCACAACAAGUACAUGUUUUUUCGUGUUCCCUACCGACUCAAAAAUUCAAAUUUGCGGGUAGACGGAUUUGGAGAACACAGGUCUGCAGCCUUCCCGCAACGUCUCACCCUCUUAGCCACCUGUUCCAGCUUUCCCCGCCACCUCUCCCCAUCCUCUAGCUGCCUGCUCCUUCAUCCUCUGCAACUCUGUCUCUCCCUCUCAACCCUGGCUGUGGCCUUUCAUUCCAUCUAAUAACUCUCUCUCUCUCUCUCUCGAUGGGAACCUUGAUUACUUUUCCACUUUCCCAUUCUUCGGCGAAACUAGGGUUUAGUAAGGGCCUGCUGAGCUCGAAAUCUCUGAAUUCAGUUGGAAGUGUUGGGCGUUUGCAGGUUUGGAAGCACGGGUCAAUUGGGGCUCCAGGUUUUAGAGUGGAGGAAGGAAAUGGGGCGAGCUCGCGAGCUUUUGUCUCUGCUUCUAUCUCCAGAGGGGAGUCUUACGGUUCUACUACGGAGACUGCGCUCUCCGCGAGUCCUAUCUAUGUGCCCACGCCUUCCAAUCGGGAUCUUCGAACUCCUCACAGCGGGUACCAUUUUGAUGGGAGUACGCGGAAGUUUUUCGAAGGCUGGUACUUCAAGGUCUCAAUACCGGAGCGAAAGCAGAGCUUUUGCUUUAUGUAUUCUGUGGAGAGUCCUGCAUUCCAGAAGAAAUUGGGGCCUCUGGAAGUGGUACAGUAUGGGCCUCGAUUUACGGGAGUAGGGGCUCAAAUUCUUGGCGCUGAUGAUAAAUAUAUUUGCCAAUAUUCUGAAGAAUCUCAAUACUUUUGGGGAAGUAGGCAUGAACUGAUGCUGGGAAAUACUUUUAUGUCCCAAAAAAACUCGCAGCCUCCAAAUAAGGAGGUUCCUCCACAGGAAUUUAAUAAAAAGGUGUCAGAGGGCUUCCAGGUCAGUCCACUUUGGCAUCAAGGUUUCAUUCGUGAUGAUGGCAGGUCAGAUUAUGUUGAAACUGUGAAAACUGCACGUUGGGAGUACAGCACCCGUCCUGUCUAUGGUUGGGGCAAUGUUGAGUCUAAACAGAAGCCUACAGCAGGAUGGCUUGCAGCUUUCCCUGUAUUUGAACCCCAUUGGCAGAUAUGCAUGGCAGGCGGGCUUUCAUCAGGUUGGAUAGAGUGGGAUGGUGAAAGGUUUGAGUUUCACAAUGCCCCUUCUUAUUCAGAAAAGAAUUGGGGUGGAGCUUUCCCAAGAAAGUGGUUUUGGGUUCAAUGCAAUGUCUUUGAAGGUGCAAGUGGAGAAGUUGCUUUGACUGCUGGUGGUGGGUUGAGACAGCUACCAGGACUGACUGAGUACUUCGAAAGUGCUGCAAUGAUUGGAAUACACUAUAGUGGAAGCUUUUUUGAAUUUGUUCCAUGGAAUGGAGUUGUCAGCUGGGAAAUUGCUCCCUGGGGCUACUGGUCAAUGUCCGCAGAGAAUGAAACGCAUAAGGUAGAAUUAGAGGCAACUACAGAGGACCCUGGUACCACAUUGCGAGCUCCGACAGCAGAGGCUGGCCUUGCUCCAGCUUGUAAAGACACUUGUUUUGGUCUCUUAAGAUUGCAAAUGUGGGAACGAACGAAUGAUGGUAGCAAGGGGAAGAUUAUUUUGGAUGUUACGAGCAACAUGACAGCUGUAGAAAUUGGGGGAGGACCAUGGUUCAACACCUGGAAAGGCAAGACCUCCACGCCAGAGCUCCUUAGCCGUGCUCUUGAAGUUCCUGUUGACGUGGAGGGAAUUUUUGGUUUGGUUCCUUUUUUAAAGCCUCCGGGUCUAUAGCAGUCAUCACAGGGAUAUAUUAAAGGGAAAUGAGCAUUUUUUUUAUGACUAGCAUGCUUGGUGGAAGGGGAAGAUUAGGAAGAUGGCGAAGAUUAGGAAGAUGGCACUAUCUUUGUCAAUUUAAAGAUUGGUGUUUUAGUUAAACUAUGGUAAUGCAUAAUGUUUUUAUUGUAGAAUCUCGAGCCUUGAAGUGGCGACAAUGUGCUUGACUUGGAGCAAGUUUGAUGGAAUGAAACUGCUUAAUUUGGAAUUCAAA